AUGCCAACUGUCAGGGGCAAGCAUACCACAACCAGGAGGACGCUAAGCUGCAGGAUGGGAAUGGGUUUUUCAAUGAUAGGAUUACCUCUUGGUCUUGUGAAUAUGCUCAGGAGGCAGGAGCGUAGAAAUAGGAUGUUCUCUUUGGUGGGUGAUAGAGUUUGA